CUUUGCUUUGCCAAACGUCAGAAAUUGACAUUUGUUGUGACAGCCUCAAAAGGUUAUGUAGCGUUAAUUGAGGAUUAGAAUAUUAUUUACACAGCGAAAACUAAUAGGAUUCCAAUACAAAUUGACCUAGAUAUCCAACUUAGUGUAUUUAAAGUUUUAUGUAAAGCAAUGUGACAUAUUUGGUUUGGAAAUUUUAUACCAUCAGCAUGCCGACUUUCCUGACACCAGGGCGGCACGGGUACAGCGUCCGGUUUUCUCGGACAAGGCCGGAUACGUUGGCAGUUGCUACCAGCCAGUAUUACGGCCUAGCUGGUGGUGGAACCUUGUUCUUCUUGGAGCUGUCCCCAGACGGGAGUUCGAUUAUUGAAGUUCAGAAACUUGAAUGGAGUGAUGGCCUCUUCGACGUGACAUGGUCCGGUACAACAGAAAGCGCGGCGGCUUGCGGGGCAGGCGACGGUGCCGUCAUAGUAUGGCGGGUUGGAUGUGCGGCGCCGCUCCGGGUGCUAAGAGCUCAUACUAGUGAAGUGUGCUCCGUGGACUGGCCUAGAACACAUCUGUUGAGCGCUAGCUGGGAUACUACUGUUAAAUUGUGGGACCCGGAAUCAGAAGCAUGUCUCAGCACGUUCCUCGGGCACUCUCAACUGGUGUACACAGCAGCGUUCUCUCCCCACUCUCCGGCCACCUUUGCAUCAGUGUCGGGUGAUGGCCACCUCAAGUUGUGGACGUGUACCGAACCUUCUAGACCUGCGGCUGUGGUUAAAGCUCAUGAUGCUGAGGUACUAUCAUGCGAUUGGAGUAGAACAGAAACACAUGCAUUAGCUACAGCAGGAUCUGAUGGUCUCAUCAGAGGUUGGGAUCUGAGAAGACUAACAUCACCUAUGUUUACUCUUAAAGGAUGUGAAUGUGCUGUAAGAAGAGUACAAUUCUCUCCACACGCACCUUCUAUUUUGGCAGCUGGAUCCUAUGAUUUUACUACAAGGAUAUGGGACCUAAAACGCGGUUGCGAGCCUCUAGAAACGAUAAGGCAUCACUCGGAGUUCACAUACGGACUGGACUGGAACGCUCUCAGGCCACAUCAGAUAGCUGACUGCGGGUGGGACUCGCUGGUGCAUGUGUUUACUCCCCGCUCCCUGGCCUGAGACUGGUGAUGAAAUUCCAUUGGAUCGUCUGUGAUUGAACUUGAAAGUGUAUGUGGAGGAGAACGUGCCAAACCAUACUAGUGUUUAUUGCGAAGACAAUCAGGGUUAUAAUCGCUUGCUGGCGUUCACAAGCAGGUUCGGUGAACAGGGAUAUCGAGUAUGCUGAAAGUGAUUGUACAUUAUUAUUUGUUAUUAGUGUAAGUUGUUAGUGCUUUGUGUAUGGUGUAUUAUGAAAACUG